AUGUGGCUUCGUCCUUGGGACAACUUUACCAACAUUCAGCGAGACCAUUUCGAUGCCAUAGAGAAGGUCUUUGGCAGCAGACAACUCUUUCACCAGUCGAUGGUCACCGAAGAAAUGACUGCACAUUUUUCGUUGCCGUCCCGACCCGACGGUGCGUUUGAGAAUGCGGCGUUGUCCAAGUACGCGCUGUGCACCAAGCGGCGCAAGGAGCGUGUUCCGUCAUCCCAAGGCAUCAUCGACGCGCGGGCAACGAUGGUCGUUGAGCCCUCCACCCCCUUCACCGACCACAAACCCUUGACCUGGUUCCUACACUCUUCAGCAGUAGAGGAUAUCUACGCCAGAUGGGCCUCAAAGCUUCGACUAUCACAUUUUAAGAUCGACUACAUCUCAGGUCCCCGCAUCAAAGCGGCGGACGUCCUAUCCCGCACCAUAUUUCCUAGAGACUCCUGUGACGAUGUCGAUCAUCUAAAGUCACUAGGAGCUCAGGAUGACAAUGGGCUUUAG